AAAUGAUCUCAGUCACUGCUCGUGAAGGUAUGACUAUAAACAUCAAGCAAGCACCUGGGAGUUUACAGGCUUCUGACUGCAAAAUCUGUAUCACAGAAGAAGAAUGUUACAAUGAUUAUCAGGUCAAUCCAGGAGAUGAUUUCCAAUUUGACUUCAGCUGCAGUGAGCCUGAGCAGAGCUUUGUUGUCGAAGUUCAAACAGAUAUUGAAAGUGCAGAGGCUGACCUGGAAGAUGUGGUGAAUCUGCUGGAGUUGCCGCAGCUCAACAGGACGUACAUCUGGAACAUCACUGUGCCUUACAAAGUCGGCGUACACAUGAGCUUUGCUGGCAAUCACUUGGAGCAGAUCGACUCAGCUGAGUGCGAGGAUUCUCUCACAUACACCAUCAAGGGCCACUUAAGUUCCGAUCCCACAAGCACUGUCCUUGUUGGUAACUUUUGUCGGAAUGGCACCAUCUCCAAUGUGAAGGUUCAGGGCAAAACAUUGAUUGAGCUUAAAGUGCCCUGGACUGAGAUGAUUGAGAAAGCAGGAUUUCAGCUGUUCUUCGUACCCGCUAUUGGAAAGUUCAGCAUUGUCGAGGUGGUUCUGCAGCCGGGCUCUCCUGCCUACUUCAUGUCAGCUGAUUGGCCCGAAGGCUUUCCAAAUGAUGAGCUGAUGUCCUGGCGGUUUACAGUCCCUUCCAAAUACCAUGCUAACGUCACCAUUGAGACGUUCACCCUCCCAAAGUGCAUUAAGAGGAAAGCUGGCGUGUACAAUGGCCCACCCGUGCUUGGGAAAAUGGAGGGGAAAUAUCGAGCAGACUUUAUUAUAUCUUUGCAGAACUGUGACAUGGACCAGACAAGUUCUGAAGUGCUAACUUUUAGGUUCAAAGUUGAUCUCCUUCGGUACAGAGAGAGUUAUGAAAUUAAACUGAGCGAGGGUGUUUCGAUGGUAUUUAAGCAGAUCUCAGAGACGGCUGGAGAUGCAUCUCCCCUGCUUUGUAUCUGCAGCUUCCCCGAGUCGACCUCCAACUGUAGCUCCAAGUUGCAACUGGAAGCUGGAGACCACCUGAACAUCUCCUUCAACUCCAGGUGCGACACGACGCGGGAUGUCAUCAUCGAAACCACCAAGAACAUCUCCUGUAAAGAUGCAGAAGAGUGCCCUGUCAGGAAUGUGGACCUGGCCUUGCCUGGGGUACUCUCGGAACUGCCCGUAGCUCACCAUACUUUCAAGUGGGUGCUCACGCAGCCGUCGGAACUAACCAUCGAGUUAGCAUCUGAGCGUUUGAAGCUGCAGCAGCUUCUUCAGGGCGAUGUGUGCGAUGGCAACUUGAUGUACAAUGUCAGCACUUUCAGCCAGGAUGGUGCCAGGUCAGUGGUUGGCCAGUUCUGUCCCAAUGGAGCGAUGGAGAGGAUCCAGACAGCUGACCACGUGUUACUGGAGCUGAGGACGUCACAUGGCUGGGACCCCAAAGAUGUGGAUAUCAAACUCUCCUUCAUUCCCCAUCUCACAGAGGACUACAUUAUGAACAUUAUCCCGGAUGUCAACUCUCUGGUGUACCUCCUGAGCCCUAACUGGGGUCCUGGAAUGCCCAACAAGUUAACAGCAUCGUGGAAUAUCUCUGUUCCUCCGGAUCACGUGGCUGAGCUUACUUUUGUAGAGCAGUCGAUCCCCAAAUGUGAACAUGGGCACGUGACCAUUGUGAUCAUCGAGCAGAUCACUGACGGCACCCACCUGAGCUACAGGGAAUCGGACACGAUCCCACAGUCGCUCCCCGAACUGUACCACAGGUUCUGGCUGAAUGUAUCCAACUGCGAGACUUCAAGUGGACGCCUGAACCUGAAGUUUCAGGUGCUGGUACGUGAAGGAGAAGACAGCAACAUUUGCCUGCCCUGGGGACCUACAAUCCAGGUGUGACCAGCCGUAAGCCAGGUCAGAGGCGGAAGUUUGUGAAGGGAAGACAGGACAAUGAAUCGCACAUUUACGCUGUGAUUGAUGAGGACCGUAUUUAUGCCGAUUACUUCAACAAG